AUGUCAUUCUUAGGGGCAAGUACAACAUCAUCAUCAUCAUCAAGUGCAUCAACAGGCCAAGAAUUGAUCAAUGAUAUCACAAUAAAUAAUGCACCUGAAGAUUCUAUUACUGAUCUUUCCUUUUCACCACAACAAGAUCUUCUCGCAGUUGCAAGUUGGGAUAAAAAAGUCCGAAUUUAUGAAAUAGAUCCAAACUCGGGUAACAACCAAGGUCGGGCGCUCUUUGAACAUGACGCCCCUGUCUUUUCUGCUAGAUGGUCAUCAGAUGGAACGAAAGUAAUCAGUGGUGCUGCUGACCAUCAAGUGAAGAUUUUCGAUUUGGCAACACAACAAACACAGCAAAUAGGACAACAUGAUGCCCCAGUGAGAUCGGUUAGAUAUGUUGAAUGUGGACCUACGAAUACUCAAGUUGUGGUUUCUGGGUCAUGGGAUAAGAGCUUGAGGUAUUGGGAUAUGAGAUCUCCUCAACCGAUGACGACUGUUCAAUUGCCCGAACGAGUGUACGCGAUGGACGCCUCACAGAAGCUAUUAGUUGUUGGAUGUGCGGAUAGACAUAUCAGCGUAAUCGAUUUGAAUAAUCCUCAGCAGAUUUUCAAGAAUUAUCAAUCGCCUUUAAAAUGGCAAACAAGAACUAUUUGUUGUUAUCCGCAGGCCAAUGGAUUUGCGAUUGGUUCAAUUGAAGGAAGAUGCGCCAUUCAGUAUAUAACCGAGAAUGAACAAAAGAAGUUUGGAUUCUCAUUUAAAUGUCACAGAAAAGGAGGCACAACUUCCGCCUCGACUGUUGUACGUUCCAGUGCAAAUUCCGAAUCCCAAGCAUACCCAGUAAACUCAAUUGCAUUUCAUCCAAUUUAUGGAACUUUUAGUACCGCAGGAUCGGAUGGCACCUUCUGCUUCUGGGAUAAAGAUGCAAAGCAAAGGUUGAAAUCAUUUCCGGUAUUACCGGGUUCCAUUUCUGCGACUGCCUUCAAUAAGAACGGUAGCAUAUUUGCAUACGCAGUUAGUUAUGAUUGGUCAUUGGGACACAUGGGAAAUAAACCUGACUAUCCUAAUGUCAUUAAGUUACAUGCAAGUAAAGACGAAGAAAUCAAGCAAAAAAAUAAGAGAUAA